GUACUUGUGUGUACAUGUGUACGUGUAGAUGUGUGUCUGUUUAGAUGUGUGUGAUAGACCGAGGUUGCGGCUAUGAUCGCAGUGAGCAGAUUAUUCCGCCACAUUUCACCACAGAUGCUAUGUGUUAUUGUCGAUGUGACGAGAGGAGGCUACGAGGAGGAAAGUCCAUGACACCAUGAGCCCUCCAGCUCUGCCCCUGGUCUUCUGCUGUUGUCACAGGAAAAUCUGGUUGCAUUCAGCAGCAGGAAACAAACACGUCUCUUACUUUCAGCCCAAUUAUCAUUUGCCUCCACACACUGCUAUGGAAGGACAAGCACAAUGAACAGGUACACCUCCAUCAGACAGCUCGGGGAUGGCACCUACGGCUCGGUAAUUCUUGGCCGCUGUCUGGAGUCGGGAGAACUAGUUGCCAUAAAGAAAAUGAAAAGAAAAUUCUACUCCUGGGAAGAAUGCAUGAACCUCCGUGAAGUCAAGUCCUUAAAGAAACUCAAUCAUGCGAAUGUGAUCAAACUGAAGGAGGUAAUUCGAGAAAACGACCACUUGUACUUUAUUUUUGAGUACAUGAAAGAAAAUUUAUAUCAGCUAAUGAAAGACAGGGCUCGUCUGUUUCCUGAAUCUGCAGUCAGAAACAUUAUGUUUCAGAUACUGCAGGGGCUCACAUUCAUUCACAAACAUGGGUUUUUUCACAGGGACAUGAAACCUGAGAAUCUCCUGUGCAUGGGCCCUGACCUGGUAAAAAUAGCCGACUUUGGUCUCGCCAGGGAGAUCAGAUCUCGACCGCCUUACACAGAUUAUGUGUCAACUAGAUGGUACCGAGCCCCUGAGGUGCUCCUCAGAUCCACAUCCUACAAUUCACCCAUAGACCAGUGGGCAGUUGGCUGCAUCAUGGCGGAGCUUUACACCCUCAGGCCUCUUUUCCCAGGUUCCAGUGAAGUAGACACCAUCUUCAAGAUUUGCCAAGUUUUGGGCACGCCAAAGAAGAACGACUGGCUUGAGGGAUUUCAGCUGGCAAGUGCCAUGAACUUCCGUUGGCCUCAGUGUGUUCCCAUUAAUCUGAAGAGUCUCAUCCCUAAUGCCAGUCCUGAAGCCAUCCAUCUGAUGACCGAUCUGCUUCUGUGGGAUCCCAAAAAGAGACCAGCUUCUGCCCAGGCUCUCAGGUACCCUUACUUCCGGGUAGGCCAGGCUCUGGGCACCCCUCAGCAGAUCCUGGAGCAGGGCCGACCUCAGCCGGCUCUUGUGCCGAUGCAGGCUCCAUCACAGUCACCACAGCAGCAGCAGCAGCCCCUGCUACUCAAGCCCCUCCCCCCCGCCCAGCCGCCACCUCCCAACCAACACUGCUCCCCCUCCAGGCCUCUCCAGCAGAUCCAGCCGUCCCCUGUAUCUGCAGCCGCCCAGGCGCCACUGUACCACCGGCACACGGAGCUGAUGCGAGCACAGCAGCCUAAGCACAUCCUGAAACAGGAACAGACCGAAGGGACUCCACCCAGCCAUCUACCUUAUAUCGUAGAUAAAAAUCUGCAGAGCAAGCAAACCCGAGAGGAGUCAGAAAAUGCCAACUUACUGAGCUAUCAGCUGAAACCUAAAGGAGGGCGUCGCCGUUGGGGCCAUGGCACCGGUCACCAUAAAGGUGAAGACUGGGACGAGUAUGAAGAACCGGAUCUGACAUCAAUAAGCAUACUGGGAAAAAAACCCUUCUCCACAGAGAAGUCGAGGCAGGAGGAGGACGCACUGAGCAGAUAUGGAACUGUUCUGGAUUUCAGUCGACCCAGCGGAAAGGAAGAUGCACCUUUAAACCUGAACAAGACUGCAGCCUAUCAAGAGCCAUCGAGAACGGCCUCUGCUAAACAACAUUACCUGAGGCAGUCCAGAUAUUUACCUGGCAUUAGUACAAAGAAGAAUGUCGCCAUUAAUGCCAGUAAAGACUAUAGUGGAAGCCAUCUUUGGGGAAACAGUGGUAUUCCGUUUGGAGGGACUCUGCCGAGCAGAGGAGCUCAUGGUACAAAUACGAUCCCAGGUGGAUACAUACCAUCGUUUUACAAAAAAGACAUCGGUUCUAAUGGUCACAGAGGACAUCAGGGUCCGUCAGAGGAAUCAACAGCAUCAAAUUAUGCAACAUGGCGGUCUGGCCGGAGUCAGAUUAACACCUCUGCCAACAUGCCGCUGGCCAACAAGAGCAACCCGGGUCUGCUGCCUCGCCCACCCGUGCACACCAUCCACGGGCGACCAGACUGGUCUGCCAAAUAUGGACACCGCUAGUGGCCUCGCUGGAGCUCCGAUCUGUUCGGCGCUCCCAAGAACUCUUUCACCUCCAAAGAGUAGGCCUAGUUAUUUUGUAAUCCAAAAGUGUACAUACAUCUAACACAGCAAUAAACUUUGUUUCAUGAUGUGUACCAUGGAUGUUGUGAGUUGUCACAAGUUGUGCGUGUAUAGUAUGUGUACAGCGAAAUGCAACUGGCCAAAAUUUAAACCCGGGUCUUUCUCCUCAGUGUUUUAUUUUUUAUUUUCUAUCUCUGUGACUUACACUGUUAUCCUACAGAGUUGACACCUGUACCUUCAGUUUUUUUGUCAUCAGAUUUAUUAUUGAAUGCUCUUCACCAACCUGUUUACAUUAUAUAUGCAUAUUAUAACAUCACGAAAGUUUCAGUGUGACUUGUUUUUGGUCAAACUGAUUAUUUUGCGUCUGUAUAGAAUAGCCUUUUUUUUUUUUUACUUUCCUGCUGUAUUGUUUCAUAAUGGUGAACUUGUAGCUAUUAUUUGUGCAUCCUGUGUUCGAGAUGAAAUCCAAGGCCGGGCUGUAAUUUCAGUCAAAUUAAUGCAAUGUUGCCAUGUUUAUGAAUCUGUUUACAUUUGACCAGUAACAUGAUCCAUGUUAACACAUUUUAUCCCCUCAGCCAAACAGAGUGUGAUUAUUGAACAGCCAGUUAUUGAUUGUGAUUAAAUGUUUGACUGAG